AUGGCGGCUCCCGGCUGGCGGCACUCUAACAAUGACUGCCUAGACGUGCGGUUACUGAUGAGGCUGCUUUGUCCGUCUCUCGCUUCCUCGGAGGUCCUCACUCCCUUCGAGGUCCACAGUGACCAUCUGGAGGCGUAUGCUAGAGAGGUCAAUAACAUCAAGGGCAAAAGAUGCAUCACGGCAGCAGCACAUGUACAGAGUAUACGCAAGACGGGCCACCGAGGCUGUGCAAGUACCGAGUACCUCGCCAGCACGCCAGCACGCCUCGACAAGCAUCGGCCCGCACGUGACCCCAUCAGCAUCCAACCCACCAAGUGCCAGCCUCCGACUGGCGGCUUUCCUUUCCCUGACGUACCCUUUCUUUCUUUCUUUAUUGAUACCUACAGUACUCAACCUCGUCAACCCUUCAACCUCCACGCCCUUUCGCUCGCCCUCGCUCUCGACAUCGCCACCACACCCCGCGUCAUCGACAAGACACCUGGCUCCCUCUCCGACGCCUCUGCGCUGUCCGCCGCCAACAUGAACCCUGAAGUCCUCCUCCUUGCCCUUUGCCGCGCUUCUCCCGCCUCGCCAUACGACUACCUCUUCAAGCUGCUCCUCAUCGGUGAUUCCGGUGUGGGCAAGUCUUGCUUGCUGCUGCGUUUCGCCGACGACACCUACACCGAGUCCUACAUCUCCACCAUCGGUGUCGACUUCAAAAUCCGAACGAUAGAACUCGAUGGCAAGACGGUCAAACUGCAGAUCUGGGACACAGCCGGCCAGGAACGCUUCCGAACCAUCACCUCGUCCUACUACCGUGGCGCGCACGGCAUCUGCGUCGUCUAUGAUGUAACCGACAUGGACUCAUUCAACAACGUCAAGCAGUGGCUCCAAGAGAUUGACAGAUACGCCACCGAGGGCGUCAACAAGCUGCUCGUCGGCAACAAAAGCGACAUGUCGGAUAAGAAGGUGGUCGAAUACACAGUCGCAAAGGAAUUCGCCGACAGCCUGGGCAUUCCCUUCCUCGAGACGUCGGCCAAGAACGCGAGCAACGUCGAGCAGGCCUUCUUGACCAUGGCCCGCCAGAUCAAGGAGCGCAUGGGUACCACGACGGCCAACAACACCAAGCCCAGCGUCCAAGUCGGCCAGGGCCAGGGCGUCGGCUCUUCAUCCAACAAUAGCUGCUGCUAA